UGCUCUUCUCAUCUCAUCUCAUCUCAUAUCUCGUAUAUGCUUUCUUCCAUCUUUGCGUAACAUCUCCGUUCUUCUUUUCUAUUUUUGUUUCUUGUUGACCAGAAACUAAGAAAAAAAAAGGUUGAAGAUUCUUAAGUUCCGAUCAUGGCGGACCGUGUCCUCACUCGUGUUCACAGUCUUCGUGAGCGCCUCGAUUCUACUCUCGCAACUCAUCGUAAUGAGAUCCUCAUGGUUCUUUCAAGGAUUGAAAGCCAUGGAAAAGGAAUACUGAAGCCUCACCAACUCUUGUCUGAGUUUGAUGCAAUCUGCAAGGAAGAUCAAAGCAAACUCCAUGAUGGUGCCUUUCAUGAAGUUCUCAAAUGCACACAGGAAGCAAUAGUGCUGCCUCCAUGGGUUGCUCUUGCGAUUCGUCUGAGACCUGGUGUUUGGGAAUAUAUAAGAGUCAAUGUCAAUGCACUUGUGGUUGAGGAAUUAAGUGUUCCUGAAUAUCUUCACUUCAAAGAAGAACUCGUUGAUGGAACGUCCAACGGCAACUUUGUACUGGAGUUGGACUUUGAACCUUUCACGGCGUCUUUCCCCCGCCCAACCCUCACUAAAUCUAUCGGAAAUGGGGUUGAGUUCCUUAACAGGCAUCUGUCUGCUAAAAUGUUUCAUGACAAGGAUAGCAUGCACCCUCUCCUGGAUUUCCUCCGUACCCACCACUGCAAGGGCAAGACAAUGAUGCUAAAUGAUAGAAUCCAGAACUUGAAUGCUCUCCAAUCUGUUUUAAGGAAGGCAUUAGAGUACCUUUCCACACUGGAUGCGACUACUCCAUACUCUGAAUUUGAACACAAGUUUCAAGAGAUCGGGUUAGAGAGAGGUUGGGGUGAUAAAGCAGAGGGUGUUAUGGAGAUGAUCCAUAUGCUACUGGACCUUCUGGAGGCUCCGGAUGCUUGUACUCUCGAGAAAUUCCUUGGAAGAAUUCCUAUGGUUUUCAAUGUGGUUAUUCUUUCUCCACAUGGUUACUUUGCUCAAGAAAACGUUUUGGGAUAUCCAGAUACGGGUGGUCAGGUUGUUUACAUUCUGGAUCAAGUUCCUGCUCUCGAGCGUGAGAUGCGCAAGAGGAUAAAGGAGCAAGGACUUGAUAUUGUUCCUCGUAUUCUCAUUGUGACAAGACUCCUCCCUGAUGCUGUUGGAACCACCUGUGGGCAGCGUCUUGAGAAAGUAUUUGGAGCAGAGAACUCUCACAUUCUGCGGGUUCCCUUUAGAAAUGAAAAGGGAAUUCUUCGCAAAUGGAUCUCUCGUUUUGACGUGUGGCCAUACAUCGAGACUUUCACCGAGGAUGUGGCCAAAGAAGUUACAGCAGAGUUGCAAGCAAAACCAGAUUUGAUCAUUGGAAACUAUAGUGAGGGCAACCUGGUUGCCUCUUUGUUGGCUCACAAGCUAGGUGUCACUCAGUGUACCAUUGCUCAUGCCCUGGAAAAGACCAAGUACCCGGAUUCUGAUAUCUACUGGAAGAACUUUGAGGAGAAGUAUCAUUUCUCUUCUCAGUUUACAGCUGAUCUUAUUGCCAUGAAUCAUACUGAUUUCAUCAUCACAAGUACUUUCCAAGAGAUUGCUGGAAGCAAAGAUACAGUGGGACAGUAUGAGAGUCAUACAGCUUUCACAAUGCCUGGACUGUACAGGGUCGUCCAUGGAAUAGAUGUCUUUGACCCCAAGUUCAAUAUUGUUUCACCUGGUGCUGAUAUGGGGAUCUACUACUCUUAUACUGAGAAAGAAAGGAGGCUGACUGCACUCCACCCAGAAAUUGAAGAACUCCUCUUCAGUUCUGUUGAGAACGAAGAACACCUAUGUGUGCUGAAAGACAAGAAUAAGCCCAUACUAUUCACAAUGGCAAGAUUGGACAAUGUGAAGAACUUAACAGGAUUGGUGGAGUGGUAUGCCAAGAAUGAGCGUCUUCGUGAAUUGGUGAACCUUGUUGUGGUGGGUGGUGACAGAAGGAAGGAAUCAAAAGAUCUUGAAGAGCAAGCCCAGAUGAAGAAGAUGUAUCAGCUGAUUGAGGACUACAAGCUGAAUGGACAGUUUAGAUGGAUAUCUUCACAGAUGAAUAGAAUGAGGAAUGGGGAGUUGUACCGUGUGAUUGCAGACACGAGGGGAGCCUUUAUUCAGCCUGCAUUUUACGAGGCAUUUGGGUUGACGGUGGUUGAGGCCAUGACCUGUGGGUUACCCACAUUUGCAACCCUUCAUGGGGGCCCUGCUGAGAUCAUUGUUCAUGGAAAAUCUGGGUUCCACAUUGAUCCAUAUCAUGGAGACCAGGUGACUGAGCUGCUUGUUAACUUCUUUGACAAGUGCAAAGAAGAGCCUUCUCAUUGGGAAGCGAUUUCCAAGGGUGGGCUGCAGCGUAUCCAGGAGAAAUACACAUGGCAGAUCUACUCAGAAAGGUUGUUGACACUUGCUGGAGUUUAUGGAUUCUGGAAGCAUGUGUCAAAGCUCGAUAGGCUUGAGAUCCGUCGUUAUCUUGAAAUGUUUUAUGGUCUCAAGUACCGCAAAUUGGCUGAAUCUGUUCCAUUGGCUGUUGAUGAGAGCAAGUGAGCAAUGGCAAUGGUGAUGGAGCUGUGGUCUGCUAGGCAUAUAGUAAUAAUAAAAGUGCAAGUGCAAGCGAAGUGAAGAGAGGAUUUUGAAAGGCUUUUUUGCUUGUGUUGUGUGUGUAAUGUGUAUGUGUUCAUUCCAAUUCCAAUUCCAAUUCCUAUUCCAUUUGUGUGAUUGACUUCUGCCUUGCAUCCUCUCCAAAUUGGAAUUUAUAAUCAAUUAUUAUCAGUAAUCUCUUUUUUCUGUUA